AUGGAGAAUGCCAGUCAGCUCAAACCAACGCCUGCCAUCUACGGAGAGCUGUUGAACAUCUCCACCAACGACACCCAUGCAAAUUUCACGUCGAAAGCGGAGGAGAAGGACACUAACUUGGCUUUCCAGGCGGGUCUCGCCGUGACCUUAGCCCUCAUAACUUUAGCCACGACGCUCUCCAACGCGUUCGUCAUCGCCACCAUCUACCAGUCCCGCAAAUUACACACGCCAGCAAACUUUCUGAUCGCCUCCCUGGCGGUCACCGACCUGCUGGUGUCCAUUUUGGUGAUGCCCAUCAGCGCGCUGUACACGGUGAGCCAGACGUGGACUCUGGGGCAGGUGGUGUGCGACAUCUGGCUCUCCUCGGAUAUAACGUGUUGCACCGCGUCCAUCCUCCACCUGUGCGUAAUUGCGCUGGACCGCUACUGGGCCAUCACGGACGCGGUGGAGUACUCCAAAAAGCGCACGCCGGGGCGCGCAGCCGGGAUGAUCGCCACCGCCUGGGUGAUCGCGAUCUCCAUCUCCCUGCCGCCGUUCUUCUGGCGCCAGGUGAAGGCGGAGGAGGUGACGACCUGCAACGUGAACACCGACCACAUUUUCUACACCAUCUACUCCACCUUCGGCGCGUUCUACAUCCCCACGCUGCUGCUCAUCGCCCUGUACGGGAGGAUCUACGUGGAAGCCCGAAAGCGCAUCCUGAAGCAGUCGCACAACAAGCCGGGCAAGAGACUCACCUCGGCGCACCUGAUCACCAACUCCCCGGGCUCGGUGGCGUCCACCACCUCCCUGAACUACGGGACGAACGACACCUCCUCCUCCUGUGACACUACCUCGUCCGCGAACGUGAGCCAAGUCAAAGUCACUGUGUCCGACGCGCUGCUGGAGAAGAAGCGCAUCUCCGCCGCCAGGGAGAGGAAGGCGACCAAAACUUUGGGAAUAAUCCUCGGAGCCUACAUCAUAUGCUGGCUCCCGUUUUUCAUUUACACUCUUCUAGUGCCUGUCUGCGAGUCCUGCUUCCACCCGGAGUUAUUUGACAUUUUCACCUGGCUCGGUUACCUCAACUCCCUCAUCAACCCCAUCAUCUACACCAUGUCCAACGAGGACUUUAAGCAGGCUUUCCACAAACUAAUACGGUUCAGAUGCUGCAGGGCAUAA